AUGGAACGAAACAAACGUAAAAGAAUUGUCGUUCCUAUUGAAGAAAAAUUAAAAGCCAUUAGGAGAAUUCAAGCAGGAGAGACAAUUAAAAUUGUUGCACGGGAUUAUGGAGUAGGUGAGGUAACAGUUGGAGAUUGGAACAGAAUUGUCGUUCCUAUUGAAGAAAAAUUAAAAGCCAUUAGGAGAAUUCAAGCAGGAGAGACAAUUAAAAUUGUUGCACGGGAUUAUGGAGUAGGUGAGGUAACAGUUGGAGAUUGGAACAGAAACAGCACUAAAAUAGAAGAAUGGUGUAUAAAACAAGCCUCUUCGUCUUCAAGAAGAAAAUCAAUGAAAAAAGGCGACUAUGAAAAAGUUAACGAAGCUUUAUUUACGUGGUUUACUCAGCAAAGAUCAAAAGGUGUGCCUCUGUCAGGUCCCAUUUUGCAGCAGAAAGCAAUAAUGAUUAGUAAACAAUUUCCAGAGACAGAUAGGUUUACCGGCAGUUCUGGAUGGCUUGACCGCUGGAAAAAACGGUACGGUGUACGACAACUGACUAUAUAUGGAGAAAAACUUUCUGCUGAUGUGUCAUCAAUUGAAAAAUUUAAACAGGACUUUAAAAAGCUAAUCAAAUAUUGUGGGUAUACAUGUGAUCAAAUUUAUAACUGUGACGAAAGUGGUUUGAAUUAUAAAAUGCUUCCAUCAAAAACAUUGGCAUCUCGACAGGAAAAAUCAGCUCCUGGGCACAAAAGAAGUAAGGAAAGAUUAACCAUAAUGACAUGUUCCAAUGCAUCUGAUAAUCACAAAAUUCCACUUAUGGUGAUUGGCAAGUCUGCACAUCCAAGAGCGUUAAAAGUCAUCUCACCCAAAGCCCUACCAGUUUAUUACAAAAGUCAGAAGAGUGCAUGGAUGGAUGCGACGUUAUUUACUAACUGGUUUAAAGAAGAGUUCGUGCCAUCUGUGACUAAAUUUUUGAAGAGAACCAGCCUCCCUAUUAAAGCAAUUUUGUUGGGGGGGACAAUGCCCCCUCUCACCCUGGAGGACUCCACGUGGGCGAAAUUGUAAAUUUCUUUCCUCCAAAUGUAACCAGUAUAAUGCAACCAAUGGACCAGGGCGUCCUCGAAAAGAUAAAAAAAAAUAUAGGCGUUUAUAUCUUGAACAUCUACUAGAAUGCACAGAAAAAAAAGAG